UAAUGAUGUAAGAAAAAAGAAGUGGUUCGUAUUCUUCCAGCUAUGUAUAUUAGAACUGAUAAAAGAAGAGUGGAGCUAAAAAAGAACUGCUUAGCAUUCCCACAGUUACAAUCGUAACAUAUGGAAUUUGAAGAGCCUUAUGAAAUUUGAAGAGCCUUGCAUCAACCUUUCAAAUCCCGAUUGACAAGCAAUUGUAAUACAAAUUUGCAAGGAAGAUAAGAUGAAACUUGUGUUGAAUGAAAGUCAUAUUCCAUAUCAGGCUAAAGCGCUUAACCCAUCCAUGCAGUCACAAGGGGAUUGGAAGGAAACCAAAAGCUUCUAUAUUGGUCUCGAAUUUUCAGAAACGAGUGGCGACCAAAAAAACAGAUUUUACGAACCAGUGGCCCUCAAACGCUUCUUCCAUUCAACAAUGGCUUCACAAGCAUCUUCAUUACAGGCUAUGUUCGACAUGAGUAUAAUGAUAAAGCAUCGAAAGUCCUCGUACAAAUGCAAAGAGGCAAUGUUAAACUUAAUCGGUUUAUAUUUUCAAGUGUUCUUGGAGCAUGCGUUGGUGUUGCAACUGCGGAAGAGGGAAAAUAAAUCCAUGCAAUUAUAACAAAAGUAGAAUUAGCAUAUGUAAUGUAAAGAUUCAUUCCAUUGCAAGAAUAGUUCACACGUUAGAAAUAAUCUCAUGACAAGGUAAGCGUAGUGGAAAAUCAUCAAUUCCGUUUAUAGAAAACCAUUUAUUUUUAUUGACUUGCUUGCUGAUCAAUAUGUACAAUUGUUUCUUGAA